GAACUGGAAUGAAUAAAAAUAUUAUUUACACUUGGUGGUUUAAGUUAAUAUCAUUUUGUCAAUGCGCAAACUUUGGCUGUUAAACAUGUGUAUUAAUAAAUAUGAUGAAGGCAAAUGAAUCGAACCGUUUGAUAAAUAUCUGAAAUAACAAAAAUAAAGAGUCUGAAAAAGUGAAUUUGAUUGAAAAUGUGAUAUUUUUAUAUAUAAGAACUAAAAAUGGGAAUUCUGUUAUUAGCACUUAGCAUCGUUUUACAUUCCUAUUGGAAAUACGCCACAAUUUACGCAGCGGUCCCUGUGAUAGGUAAUUUACCAAAUUCCACCAGCGUAAGCGAGGGAACCGGGACGGAAGAAUUACUGUACGUGAUUGACGUCACAGACGCUGACGGCGACAGCAUUACAUGUUCACUUCAAGCGGGGGGUGGAAGUAAUAAAUUUAAUUUGAGAUUAUCUACUGAUGCCAACCCAAGUUGGUCGCUCUACACAGUCCAUGACGAAACGUAUGAUCCUGGAAGCCAGGCAGUGUACACGCUGGGAAUAGACUGUACAGCCAAUGGUGACACGGUAUCAUCUACGUAUACAGUAAACAUUGUCGCAAAUCUGCCCCCUGUUAUAACAAAUCUACCGGAUAGCGUUAACGUAUCAACGUUAACAACGUCGAUAGGGGAUAACGUUUUUACGGUUACUGGGACGGACACAGAAAAUGACCAGAUAUCGUAUUCUAGAUCGUGUAGCCCCGUCGCGCCCGCCUGUCCAUUCACAAUACUAGCUUCUGGCGCAAUACAGCUGAACGCUGAUAUCUCAUCCAGUACACAUAUCGGAUAUGACGUCACGGUUACAAUCUCGGAUGAUACCGGAAGUGGAGUUGACAAAAUUCUCACGGUCCUUUAUACUGAUAUAAAUAAUCCACCCGCGAUACAAAAUCUGGGCUCAACAAUAUCUGUACCAGAGAACACGGCGCUGGGUGAAACUGUUGUAACUACAGACUGUUCGGACAGUGACGCUUCGGACACGCUUGUCUACACAAUGUCCUGUACACCCGCUUCCGGCUCGACAUACUUUUUAAUAAAUUCGUCAUCUGGCGUCAUUUACACCUCAACCACUUCCAAUAUCAAUUAUGAAUUUCUGGGCGGAACUACGUCAUUUGCGUGUCCAGUCACGUGCAAUGACGGCAGAGCUUCCGACACGGAAACAGUUACUCUUUCGGUAACCAAUGUAAACGAAGCACCGACAUUGAGCCAGAAUGCUUACAGUAUAUCUGCAGACGAAGGACCGGCGGGAACGGUAAUCCUUGCAGCCGGAUUUAACGUCACUGAUGAAGAUACCGAUGACACAUACUCGUUUAGCGUUGACUGCGGUGAUUCGACCGGAUAUUUUUCUAUCGUCACGGGCACCGGGGUACUGAGCUACUCUACGGAUUACGACGUGGAUGACGGUACCCGGCCAUCUUCGAUCAGUUGUAACGUGACAGUCACUGAUAGUGGAGGGAUAACUGAUACAGCUCCUCUGUCAAUAAUUAUAAAUAAUAUAAACGACAAUGCGCCGGUGUUUGUAUACACAUCUCAUGUGUGGUUCGUCUCCCUGGACGCUGCAGUAGGUACAGUCGUUGGAACAGCUGCCGCUACCGAUGCUGAUAUCGGCACUUUUGGAGAUAUAUCAUAUACGUAA